AUGCAAAAGUCAACGUGUGCUGGCGCAACGAUUUUCUUGGGCAAAAGCCAACACAGCACAACCGUGUGGCAAUUCUGCUCACAGUCUUCUGUUUCUGGCUGCAGGACAUGCGUUGCAAUAGCAGGAGCGGAUUACUGCCUUGCUGCAGCCACCACAAGGCUGUCUACCGGCCUCAACAUCUUGUCAAGAGAUGCUAACUUUGUGGAGAAAAUAUCCAACCACUGUGUCAUCCUGUCGGCAGGGUGCCAAGCAGAUGCCAAAGCCCUUCAGAAGCACAUGCGGGCCCGGCACGUGAUGUACCAACACCAGCACAACAAGCCCAUGACGUGCCAAGCCGUGGCUCAGCUGCUGUCUAACACAAUGUACUACAAGAGGUUCUUCCCUUACUACACGGAAACACUGUGUGCAGGCUUGGACAAAGACGGCUCGGGCUUGGUGUAUUCGUACGACGCCAUGGGCUCUGCGGGGGUCUCUGGGUAUGCUUGCCGAGGUACGGGUGAGAGCUUGAUACAGCCAGUGCUCGACAACCAACUGAUGGCUGCUAGUCCGCUGGUUCUCCCAGUGCAGCCUUCUGUCUCACAUCUCCCGCUGGAACGUGCAUUGGACAUUCUGAAGGACGCAUUCACAUCUGCAGGGGAGAGGGACAUCUUAACGGGCGAUGCCGUUGAAAUCCUGAUCUUGACCAAAGAGGGCACAAGGACAGAAAGGAUGGAGCUGAAGAAGGACUAG